CGAGUCGCGAAAAGCUACCAGGAACGCUCAACGUGAAAUCAUUUAAGUUUGGCAAGUUGGCAUUAUUGUCCUGUCAAAUAAGCACUUCCGGAAAAAGAAGAUAGAAGUGUGCAGUGCGAAAGGGGCAUCGUCCCGGAAAAAAAAGUUCGCGCGAUAAGAAAAGAUUUCGCUGAUUUCGCUCCACCACAAAGCGUAACGAUACCGGGCCGCCAGCACCUGAAACGUGCGCAGGAAGAUUGGGACAGCGGGAAAGAGGAUUGCUCAUCCGCAUGCGAUUUCCUCCAUCACAAACAGAAGAGGAGAAUAUCCAAGGUAAGCGGACAAAAUCAACGCCUUCAAAGCACCAACUAAUUGCUUCUCAUCCACCGCGCUACAGGGCCAUUAGCACCCAAAACAGGCGUGAGAGCUAGAAGGAACUCCGCAGAUCCGCAUGCAAUCUUCUCUGUCAUACAACAAGGCGGAAAAAACACUAUAGGUAAGCGGAAUUUAAAAAGAACCGCAUAGAAGCAACAACAUUAAAUUUUCGCAACACAACAGGGCCGAAAACAUCUGGUAUCGGGGCUUCUAGCAUUCGAAGUCUGCACGCCAAGAGCAGAGAAAUCCGGAGCUACUGUGGUGAAAGUCGAUCAUCGAUAUCGAUUUCUGAAAUCGCGAAGGACUCAAGAAUAGCGAAGGUAAGCAGAAAAAGAAAACUGCCAAUUAAGGAGUAGAUGCUAAUCAAAUCCCAACCCUCAGAUAUCGCCUCACUAUCCACCACCAAAGAAAGGAUUGAGACGGAAAAGCGAUAGAGGAAGUUCGGUAGAAGAGCUAACCAAAUCAAAAGGGUCGUCAGCGUAAGUAAAACCCCCUUUUGAUCACAUUCUCUGGCCUAACCGGAAUUCUUAUUCCACCAGGACCCUUUUUUAUUCUAUCGGUGAUUUCUCCAAACUUGUUCGGAGCGCCAUCUGGUGGUGGGUCGAACUGCCUUUCGCUUGGUGGAAUCGAGAAUUUGUGAAUCCAUUCCGAAACGCUUCAAAGAACACCUUUCAAGGAAAAUUUCGGUGCACAUCAAGCGGAAUAGUUGCAAAAGGCGUUUUUGCUUCGCUACGUUGCUGUUUUGGAACGCCCCGCAUUAAGCGGAACUGCAUGGCACGUGCUCAAGGCAUUGGUGGAACAUUUUUCCAAGCAAAGCAGAAGGUGGAAGUGCCACUUAAUUUCGGAAAGGUGCGCUCAAGCAGCUGUGCAGAUUGGCAUACUUCAGUGUCGACUGGAAUCGGUCGCGUCACCCGUAAGGAAGCGCUCUCUCGGAGAACCGAUCCAAUAUUCUUUUCUUCGUCUGGCAAAAGGCGAUCUUCUCGAGUUUGCAUGCCCAUCGUGCAAGCGUGCGCUCCAUUCCUUUGUCACGGAGCUGUAAUAACAGAAGCAGAAAGAUCUCUGGGCAUUGUUUGUGGCUGGCCAUUCCGAUUCAGCACACCAUCGGCGCUGAGGAACGCUUACCGGCCGAGAAUCGUCGCAGUACAACUACAAGCAAUUUUGGAACUCGGUGCACAUUGUCGGAGUUGUCCGCUACCAGGUUGUCGGAGUUGCGUAAGACAAACGGUGGCGCAAAUUGGCAACCAGCGGAAACUACAGAAUAGUUCAGCAAGAAGGAUAGGAUUGCACCUACAGGACGUUGUGCUCACUCCUCAUCGGUCUGCAGCAGAAAAGGAAAGCAAGUGUGUGUUAGUCCGGGUGUUCUACUGGCUAGUGUGGUGGCAUCCGUUGAAUUUCAGCAUACGCAGGGCGAGCGGCGUAGCCAUCACGGUGCGUUUCGGAUACACCCAGGGAGGUGUGCACUCAUCCAUCUUUGGGCCAACAUUCCCAAUGCAGAGUCCAGUGAGGUCGGAAACGGAGUGCAAGCCGUUCAAGCAAGGAAACGAGAACAUGAGUGAACCAUGCUACUGCAACACAACACACGUUCAGGCCAACGGAAUAAGUGAAUUGAAAUAGCACGUAAGUUGCACUAUAUUAUUGUUAAUGGGGGGAAAAUAAUAAAAUGGGUUACCCAAAAUUAUGCAACGAUUGCUAAUGUUGCUUUACCACAAGUUUGCGAAAUUUUAUUAGUUUUACUUGGUGGCAUCGACCCCAGUAAGAUAACGUCACAGAGGUUUACAAAAACUGAAUAAAACAAA